AUGAAGGCAACACUUCUGUUCCUGCUGGUGGCCGCCCUUUGCGCCGUUGCACUGGCCGCCCCUCGGUCAGAGGGCAAGGGCAAGGAAGGAGGAAAGGGCAAAAGAAAGGAAGCAGCGGAGUCUGUCGAAGACGGUCAGGAUGGCAGCUCGGAGGAGGGAGGCAAAGGACGUGGAGGCAAGGACCAUGGCAAGGGAAAGGGCAAGGGAGGCGAGAAGGGAGGCGAGAAGGGAGGCAUGGGCGGCCGCAGCGAGGGCAAGGGAAAGGGAAAGCCUGAGCCAAAGCAGGGUAAGGGCAAGGAGUCCGGCAAGGGCAAGAAGAACUGA